AUGGUCAAGAAACGAGCAUCGAACGGACGUAACAAGAAUGGGCGUGGUCAUGUCAAGCCAAUCAGAUGCUCAAACUGCUCACGAUGUACACCAAAGGACAAGGCAAUAAAAAGAUUCACUAUCCGUAACAUGGUCGAGUCUGCUGCCAUACGCGACAUUUCCGACGCUUCUGUAUUUCCUGAAUACACAGUUCCCAAGAUGUACCUCAAGUUGCAGUACUGUGUCUCUUGCGCAAUUCAUGGCAAGAUUGUCCGAGUGCGAUCCCGACAAGGCCGCCGUAAUCGAUCUCCUCCACCAAGAGUGCGCUACAAUAAGGAUGGCAAAAAAGUUAAUCCUAACCAAGCUGCUGCAAAAACCACUCAGGCAUAA